AUGGAGGUGAACAGUACGCUCAUCGACUGCUACGACCCGCAGCAGCCGUCGAAGGUGCUCUUUCACUUUCUCAUUCUCGAUGCGCCGUCCCCGAGCAACCUUCCGACGUACAUCAAGGAGCUGCAGCGCCGUGGCGUUCAUCAUUUGGUGCGAGUGUGCGGCCCGACCUACGAUGCAGCCCUUGUGAGGGGCGGUGGGAUUGAGGUCCACAGCUGGCCAUUCGAUGAUGGCGCCCCGCCGACCCGCGUGGUCCUUGAGAGCUGGCUGAAGUUGCUCGACACGGAGCUUGCCCGUCAGCAAGAGGACCCAUCCAAGCCCCCGCCGACCAUCGGGGUGCACUGCGUGGCGGGCCUGGGCCGCGCCCCAAUCUUGGUCGCGCUGGCGCUAGUGGAGUACGGCAACGUGUCUGCGCUAGACGCGAUCGCGCUGAUCCGCGAGAAGCGCAGGGGUGCAAUCAAUCAGACCCAGAUGCACUGGGUUACCAAGUACAAGCGCCGUCACCAGGGUGGGCACUGCGUGGUCAUGUAG